GAAGUGUUAUGUUUACAGUAGGUUACGCUAGGAUAGCUCAUAGGUCCCAUGGAGACCUGCAUAGCUUGUAGAAAUCAACCAACCAACCAACCAACCAUGUCUACAAUCCUCCCCGAAAAGAACCACAGAAACCCUACCACCACUGGAACUCCGGCUUCAGGACUGCGUCCUCGUCCUCGCUCUCGCUCUCAGUACCGACGACGCCGUCGUCAUCAUCGCUCUCGUCUUCCUCUCCGUCCCCAUGCUCGUGCUCCUCCCCCUCGGCCUUAUCACCCUCCUCGUCGCCCUCGUCCUCGUACUCUUCGUUCCUGCUCUCGCGAGCCUCUUCCUCGCGCGCCUGCUUCUCCUCAACACCCUCCCCGCCCUCUAUAUCCCCCUGCUCCUCCCCUCCACCAACAGCCCAGUUGCUGCCCUUUCCCACGCGGCGUCUCUUGGUUGCGGGCGCUAUGGCCUUCACUUCGGCGGGCUGGGGCUUGCGUGGCGACGACGGGGUGGAGCCGCGCGUGUCGUCUUGCGGCGCGACGUUGCUGGGGGGGCUGACUAGGUCUGAAGCCGUGCGCUUGUGGCGGACGACAAUGGUGGUGGGUGUGCCAGUGGUGGUGAAGAUGGGCGUAGCGGCGGCGGCGACGACGGUGCUGUCAGCAGGGGUGAUGGUGGUGAGCGCGAAGGCAGAGACGGUGCCGGUGGUGGUGGUGGUGGUGUGUGUAAAAGGGUGUGAGGGCGGGCAAGUGUGCGUGAGAAGGUGUUGUGGUGAUUGAUGGUAGAGGUUGCGUGCGGGAAGGAGAAAAGAGGAAGGGCGAAGUGAAGUUGUGUAGUUGUGUUGCGCCGGCGGCGGAAGGUACUGUUGCAGAAAGCACCUUAGACAGACUGCCCGUGUUCGAUUCCCGGUUCU